AUGCGAAGAUCAACGAGGAAUAGUGCUUCGGGCCCCCUACAAUCGCUCCCUUAUCCCGGCGACCUAAAGCGUAAGAGUCGCCCAGUAACCGAAGAAGAAAGUGUCCCGGUCGCAGAAGAGGAGGAUGCUGCCACUGGCCAUACAGAAUUCGGUGAGUGAGAAGCCGCCACGCAAGAAAUCGGGGAGUUUAACAUUCCAGUAGUCAACCGCCAGGACAGCAAAUCAUCAUCAGUACCCCUCUCAAGACCACGCAAACGUGCGCGCGCGUCUACGCUAGAGGUUCCAGGCGACGAUGUCGUAGAAACCGCCAGCACCAGAAAAGCCACCAAACUUGUUACGAGGCUGGAUGAGACGAGGUCGCCUGCCGGUGCUCCCGCAUCCCGAAGAAGCACACGAAAAAGCCUGCUAGGAGAUAACGUUGCUGGUGGAGCGCAAAAAGCAGCGGGGAAGCCCCGUUUGGGUGUCCGGGCCAACAAAAACCGUUCAAGUCUCGCUAUGACGGAGGCCAGGGAGGAGGGAUUGGCGGAAGAAACUGAACGAAGAAUUGAAGAGGGGAUCCCUAGCGAAGACGAGGAAGGAGGGGGCGCACGCCUGUCGGCUUCGCAUGACCCUCUCCAAUUAAAGGAAAAACAGCCCGCCAAUAGACGUACUACUCUCCCGCCCCUGAGAACAGAGCAGGCCCCCUCUGGUUCUGAAGGCGUGGAUGGUGAUCCUUUGCUAUCUAAUGGGUCACAAGAGAGUCCUGGAGAUGUAGUGGAAGAGCUCAUGAAUAGUGUUGUUACUGGCACAAUUACCCAGAUAGAUGAGACUGAAGAGCAGGAAGCAGAAGACUUAGAAUCCGAAGGCAGUGAUGUCGGGUUUGGUUCUGGCGACAAUGAGGAUGUGGAUGAAGCAAUCAGACAUCAGCUCUCCACGGAGGCUGAUAGCAGGGCAAACAAUGAGGUUAAGGUCCAGCCGCAGUCUGUGACUAGUGGAGCGGACGAUUCCCAGUGCGAAGAAUCCCUAGUUACCGCUUUCAAGGCAAAACUCAAUAGGUCCCGUGAGGUGCUGCAGACCUUCAACGAGCAGCUCAAAGCGGCUACGGAUACUGUUGACCUGCUGAUGGAGCUUCGAACUGGCAUUGAUUGUCACUCUGGGUAUACCCGCAUUCUGCAGGCGAUCAUUGGCAAGUUGGGCGAAGAGGAGUACCCCGACAAUAGCACAUUAGAGGAACUUGCAGAUUUCGCUUUGAACAUUAACACCAUAGUUUCUGAAACCAGAGAUGCUCACAGGAAUGUCAAAGCUCUUCUUGAAGAACUGGAUGUUGGAAUUGUAUCUGGCACAUCGAGUGCCCGGACGAUUGAAACUAUGUUGGAGCAAAAGGGAUUCAAGGAGAAGGAACCACCCGAUGGCAUCAAUUGGGGGCGCAUCAAUAGGAACCUGGUAGUGCAAGAAAACGAGGUUCUUAUCUUCGCAAAAACGAAACCUACAGAUUCCCAGACACCGAGGAGAAGCGCCCGCUCAAAUCCGUCCAGGUACCGCACCCAAGGGGCUCCCCCAACCCCCGAAGCGAGACCGCCUCCGCCCCCUCCCGCAAUCCCAUCGCCCCACAGCCCACUCUCAGACCCGGAGCCCCUUGAAUCUACAGCUCCGGUGAUCGGCGACGAUGCUCCAGUUGAGGUCGUCCGUAUAGAAAGCUUCGGGAGCAGACCGUCUCACACCCCUCGCCGAUCGAAACGUCGUCACGAAACCGAGGAUGACGACUCACCGCAAGUUCGCGAGGACCGGGCUUGGUCUAGCCCGGAACUAAAAGCACUCUUCCGACGCCUUGCACAGGUCCAGAAAGCUGGUAUGUUACCCUACCCCCAUAUAGACUCGCCGCACUAACAUCCAUCUAGAACCCGGUAAGAUCAUCGUCUUGGAUUCCCGCAGUGGGUACCCCCGCACCAAGGAGGAGAUCCUCACCAAAGCUAAAGAAAUUAAGGAGGAUAUGGUGAGGUCCGGGAGAGCCGGCUCUUUGAAACCCACCUGGGAUGAUAUCUAGGCCAACUUUACCCUGUUAUCCUUUUUCCCCUUUUUAUUUUUCGUUUCUAACUAUAAAAACUAAUGCCUUGUACUUUUCUGUCUGAUAAUAACGUCCUUGCGGCAUGGCAGAGGCGUUCUGUGUACUAUACCCUCAUGUAUUGCUACUGCCCUCAGGCGGGGCCCCCUUUAUGGCGUAAAAAAGCGCGUCUAGCAGUAUGAUAAAUUGAUAAUGGGUGCUGUAGCUACUUGUGGUGUAUCUUCCUGUUUAAUGACUUUCUUUCAUCUUGUCCGAACUCCCCUACUCUAAUAAGUGCGGCGGGUCUAUACAUUGCCCCGGGAAACGCGAUUUGUGGGGUGAGCUACAUAAGCUCAACAUCACAGGUAGACACACAAUGGAAAUAAAAGCUUUGUGUUUG